AUGGCGGCCCCGCACGCAGAGAAGCUGGAGGGAGGCGUCCCGGCCCCGCCGCCCCCGCCGGGGCCCCCGCACCCCGCGGGCAGCGCCGCCGCCGGUGGGCCCGGCCGGAAGCAGGGGAAGGCAGGUGAGCGCGGGCGGCCGGGCCGGGUCGGACCGGGCCGGCGGGGUGGGGGGGCCCCGGCCCCGGCCCCGGCCCCGGCCCCGGCCCCGGCCCCGGCCCCGGCCCCGGCCCCGGCCCCGGCUGACGCGGCCCCGCUUGUCCCCGCAGGGCUGCAGAUGAAGAGCCCCGAGAAGAAGCGGCGCAAGUCCAACACGCAGGGCCCCGCCUAUUCCCACCUCUCGGAGUUCGCCCCACCGCCCACCCCCAUGGUGGACCACCUGGUGGCCUCCAACCCCUUCGAGGAUGACUUCGGGGCCCCCAAGGUGGGGGCGGCCCCCGCCCCUUUCCUCGGUAGCCCCGUACCCUUCGGCGGCUUCCGCGUCCAGGGGGGGAUGUCGCCGCAGGUGCCCCCCGGCUACGGCGGGGGUCCCCAGCCCCUGCGGAGGCAGCCCCCCCCCUUCGCCCCCGGGCAGAUGGGCCCGGCUUUCGGUAUGCCCCCCCAGAACCCCAACUACGUCCAGCCCGGGGGCAUGAGCUUCCCCGGGCAGCCCUUCGGGCAGCCCCUCGGACAGAACUUCAGCCCCCCCACGGGGCAGCUCAUGCAGGGGCCCGUCGGGGGCUUCGGGCCCAUGAUCUCCCCCACCAUGGGGCAGCCCCCCCGAGGGGACAUGGGCCCCGGGCCGGCCCUCAACCCCCCCGGGGGGCCAGCGGUGGCUCAGCGCUUCAGUCAGCCCGGCAACCUCUUUGGACAGUCGCCCCUGCAGCGCCCCGGGCAGAACAUGCCCCCCUUGCCCCCCACCGCCAGCCCCUUCCCCGGGGCUGACCCCGGCUUCCCCGCCGGCGGCGAGGAGGGGGGCAAGAACCUCAACCCCCCCCCCAGCACCUUCGCCCAGGAGCCGCACUCCGGCUCCCCCGCCGCCACCGCCGCCGCCGUCAACGGGGCGCAGCCCGGCUUCGCCCCCAACAGCGCCGGUCGCGGGGCCGGCACCCCCGAAACCAACAGCCUCCCGCCGCCUCCCCCCGGUAAAGCGGCCGGCGGUUCGGGUCACCAGCCGCCGCCGGGGCUGGUGUACCCCUGCGGGGCUUGCCGCAACGAGGUGAACGACGACCAGGAUGCCAUCUUGUGCGAAGCCUCGUGCCAGAAGUGGUUCCACCGGGAGUGCACGGGGAUGACGGAGAACGCCUACGGGCUGCUGACCACCGAGGCCUCCGCCGUCUGGGCCUGCGACUUCUGCCUGAAGACCAAGGAGAUCCAGUCGGUCUACGUCCGGGAGGGCCUGGGACAGCUGGUAGCCGCCAACGACGGCUGAGCCGCCCUGCCGCCGCCGCGGCCAGCUUCCCCCGCCGGUUUAGGACCAAACCCC